GGGGGGGAGCCGGCCAUGGCCGACGACUUCGGUUUUUUUUCCUCGUCCGAGGGUGCCGGCGCCGAGGAGGACCCGGCCGCCGCUUUCCUGGCGCAGCAGGAGAGCGAGAUCGCGGGCAUCGAGAACGACGAGGGCUUCGGGCCCGCCGACGGCGAGGCGGCCUCCGCCACCCCCGGGCAGGCGGCCCCGCAGGAGCCCGCUGGUUUCCAGAACGGGGGAGCCACUGUCAACGGAGAUGUUUUCCAGGAGUCCAACGGCCCCACGGACGCCUACGCGGCCAUAGCCAAGGCUGACCGGCUGACCCAGGAGCCCGAGAGCAUCCGCAAGUGGAGGGAGGAGCAGAAGAAGCGCCUGGAGGAGCUGGAUGCGGCCUCGAAGGUGACCGAGCAGGAGUGGCGCGAGAAGGCCAAGAAGGACCUGGAGGAGUGGAACCUGCGUCAGAACGAGCAGAUGGAGAAGAACCGGGCAAACAACAGGGCCUCGGAGGAAGCGUUCCUGAAGGAGUCCAAGGAGGAAACCCCGGGCUCCGAGUGGGAGAAGGUGGCCCAGCUCUGCGACUUCAACCCCAAGAGCAGCAAGCAGAGCAAGGACGUCUCGCGGAUGCGCUCGGUGCUCAUCUCCCUCAAACAGACGCCCCUGUCCCGCUAGCUGCCGCCUGGCGCAGCCGGGGCACGGCCAGGCCCGGGGGGGGGGGUUUCGUGGGGGCAGCCCACGAGGGGCCCCUGCCCUACCUGCACCUCGGCCGCGCUCUCCAGUCAGUGGUUGUAACUCUCCCCGUGGUUUCCCUUUUGCUUAAAGGUGCGUCGGUCUCUUUUUA